GGUUGAACAGGCUGCAGACGAAGGUUUCACGGUUCUAGAUUGUCUAUCUAUAUACUCUGUCCCUUACGCCGUUCUACGGACCAGAGGAGACAGUCUGCUACCAGCAUCUUGCACCAUGGCAUUCGUCGACAAGCCAAAGUCUUGGACGUUUCAUGUUUUCGGAAGGAAUACGUUGUUUCCUAUUUUAAUGUACUUGAUAUCACAUGUUUGUGAGAUGAACGCCGAGGACAGCGGUAUGGAGGAACUUGCCACCGAAAAGGAGGCUGAGGAAAGUCAUAGACAGGACAGCGUGAAUUUACUGACAUUCAUUUUACUACUGACAUUAACCAUUCUUACCAUCUGGCUUUUCAAACACAGAAGAGUCCGUUUUUUGCACGAGACUGGGUUGGCCAUGAUAUACGGAUUGCUGGUAGGGGUCAUCUUCCGCUACGGCAUCUCCUCCACCAGCUACCACAACAAGACCCCACCUAGCUGCUCCCUGAAGACGGGGCCUGUCAGCACGCUCCUGCUCAACGUCAGCGGGAAGUUCUUUGAGUACACGCUGAAGGGCGAGAUCAACUCCCGUGAGAUCCACAAUGUGGAGCAGAACGACAUGCUACGCAAGGUCACGUUCGAUCCAGAGGUGUUCUUCAAUAUUUUGCUACCUCCAAUUAUUUUUCAUGCUGGGUAUAGCCUUAAAAAGAGACAUUUCUUCAGGAACCUCGGCUCUAUUAUAACGUAUGCUUUCCUCGGGACAGCUAUUUCCUGUUUUGUUAUCGGGAACCUCAUGUACGGCGUGGUCAAGCUGAUGCAGGCCGUUGGGCAGCUGUCCGACAAGUUCUACUACACCGACUGCCUCUUCUUCGGAGCAAUCAUCUCCGCCACCGACCCAGUUACAGUGCUAGCCAUCUUCAAUGAGCUCCAUGCAGACGUGGACCUGUACGCCCUGCUGUUUGGAGAAAGCGUCAUGAACGAUGCCGUUGCCAUAGUGCUAUCCUCCUCCAUUGUGGCUUAUCAGCCAAGCGGAGCCAACACCCACACCUUCGACGCCUCCGCCUUCUUCAAAUCGGUGGGCGUUUUCCUGGGAAUCUUCAGUGGGUCCUUUGCUAUGGGCGCAGUCAUUGGUGUGGUCACCGCCCUUAUAUCCAAGUUCACCAAGCUCCACUGCUUCCCUCUUCUGGAAACGGCCCUCUUCUUCCUCAUGUCCUGGAGUACCUUCCUACUGGCUGAGGCCUGUGGCUUCACAGGUGUGGUGUCCGUGCUGUUCUGUGGGAUCACCCAGGCCCAUUACACCUACAACAACCUCUCAGAGGAGUCCACCAAACGUACCAAACAGCUCUUUGAAGCCCUGCACUUCCUGGCUGAGAACUUCAUAUUUUCCUACAUGGGACUGGCUCUCUUCACCUUCCAGAACCACAUCUUCAGCCCCAUCUUCAUCAUCGGGGCUUUCAUGGCCAUUUUCAUCGGGAGGGCCUGCAACAUCUACCCCCUCUCUUUCAUCUUGAACCUGGGCCGUCGCCACAAGAUCAGAGGAAACUUCCAGCAUAUGAUGAUGUUUGCAGGUCUCCGCGGGGCCAUGGCGUUUGCGCUGGCUAUCCGGGACACGGCCACCUACGCCCGGCAGAUGAUGUUCACCACCACCCUCCUCAUCGUCUUCUUCACCGUCUGGGUCUUUGGAGGGGGCACCACGCCCAUGCUAUCAUGGCUACACAUCAGAGUUGGGGAGGACCUCGAGUCAGAGGAGGAACAUCUGAGUAGAAUGUGGCAGUAUGUCAGGGUGGGCGUGGACCCAGACCAGGACCUCCAGCCGUGUGGGGACAGCUUCCAGGUGCUCCAAGGAGAUGGGAUUCAUCCAGAGGGGCACAGUAAGACCAAGCAGGAGAGCGCCUGGAUGUUCAGGCUGUGGUACACUUUCGAUCAUAAUUACUUGAAGCCCAUCCUGACACACAGCGGGCCCCCCCUCACCACCACCCUGCCUACCUGCUGUGGACCCCUGGCACGCUGUCUGACCAGCCCACAGGCAUAUGAGAGCCACGAGCAGCUGAGGGACACGGACUCUGACCUCAUCCUGAACGACGGCGACCUGACGCUCACCUACGGCGACACGGCCAUCACGGCCAACGGGGCGUCCGGCCCGCGGGAGGCCCAGGCGGGGCGCGCCAACGGGCAGCGGCGGGGCAGCACGUCGGAGGAGGCGCUGGAGCGGGACCUGGAGGCCCGCGAGCAGGAGCUGAUGAGCCGGGGAACACGGCUGGUGUUCCCCAUCGAGGACCACGCCUGAACCCCCCCCACCCCAACCCCUCCCCAAAAAAGAAGAACCCUUUGUCGGCCGCCCCUCCCGUACCGCGCCCCUCCAGCCCCAACCCCCCCCCCCCCAAUCAGUGCUAACCAGACGGCGGAGAGAGACGGGACGCGGGAGCCGGAGAGGGGAGCGAGUUUGAGUUUGGCCUCGUCUACAGCCAGCCGGUCCAAGCUGGCCAGUCCCAGCUGGAGCUCUAGAAGAGGAGGGGGAAUGAAGAGAAACCGCAGGAAUGAAGAGAAAUAACAGAGAUUUAAUUAGCCUCUCCCGUACCAGAGCGGAGUUAGGCAGGCCUGAUGCCCGGGGCCAGGGCCAGGACCAUGUCAUGUGCUGUACUGUGCGAUGCAGGCUUCUCUACCAUUCGUUUAUUUUGACUUUGUUUUUUUCUGUGGCUUGUAUGAAUCGAGAAGCCUCUUGAAGGCUUCCUUAAGUAUGGUCAGAUCUGAAAACGUAGUUCGGUGUACUUUCGCUGUUCCUCUGUAUGAAAGUUGAAGUCGCAAGCUGAAAGUGUAUUUGCGGACGGAAGCCUGGAAAGUGCACUGUUGGCUGCUCAUUGGUAAAUGUCAGGCUCCAGGCAGGUGAUUUCGCCCGUCUGUGUCUGUCGUUCAUCGUCCCUGUCUCUCACUCACUGCUGCUAUAUGACUGAAAGACUGAGCGUUUUUAGAGAACUUAGGGAUGCCUGACCCCCCUGCAGACCUCUGAGCCAUGAUCUCCAUUAGCCAACCAGCCAGAUCUCUAUAGUUAGCAUGAUGAUCAACCAGCCAUUACAUUCCAGUCCUGGUUCCCUCCAAAGGGCAUUCACUACCGUAAAUAUUAUGCAGAACUGAUUCUCUGACUUUUAUUUUGAAAUUCUAACCGAGCAGAAAUUGAAGCGAUAUCCAUGGCUGUUCUUUGUAACAAUACGAAACCCAGUACAUACAAGAAGCAUUCAUUGUUUACAAAAAAAGAAUGGAUAGGGAAACAUUUUGUAAUAGCUAUACUUCCCUGGUGACUGAUGAGUCAGAGAUGAACAUGAACGCUCUGUUCACUGAUGCUUUUUUUACUGGGAAAUACUUGCCCAGUCAAUGCAUUAACUCUGCAAUAUGGAAGUCUGUUGCUGUGUUCUAUCAGUGUAACAGUUAUCAGGAAGUCCUUUUUUGUUUAAUUGAUUCCCAUAUUAUCCAACUUGGUCCAACUUUUCCACCACAUACUUUUUACUCUGUAUUUCCAGAUCUGCAUGUAUCCCAAUUUAAAACAAGGAUUUAGGUUUUAUUGUUCCAUAGCUGUUUACUACUUGACCUAGCUAUCUUUAAUUUAACUCAAAUUCUAUGUGGGGGUUGAGAAUCGACUUUUGUUACAUUCUGCUGAAAAGGGUAAAAAAAAAAAAAAAACUAUAUCUGGUCUCUCUUAUGAACGCUGGCUCCUAGAAGGGUGUUUACUCAGAUUUGCUUCAGAACAUAGCUUCUUUUUGUCUGGCUGUUCCAGUAGUGACGAGGUUUGUCUCACAGCUGUGUUGGUCUCUACAGCUUGAUGAUGUAUCUUGGGCAGCUGUUCCCUGUAGGAGACAACAUACCAAGCACUUGAGCUGCUCCACAUCCUGAGGGGGCAUUGCACAUGUGUGUUUAUGUGUGCAUGUGCCCCAUCUGUCUCUAAUGUAACGCUUACCAGUCGCCAGAAGCCCUGCUGAUGAGUCUGCCCCAUUGUUUAAAGAACAGUGCUGUUUGUGUGCGCUUCAGUAUUGUUUGAGCAUGUAUGAGCUCUUUAGAGUGCACAGAAUCUUCCCAGAAUGCCAUGAAUAUUCAUGAAUAUGACACAAAUCUCAAGACUGAAAGAGUGUAAGCGUGAUCGUGAGACAAUGCUUGGGAUUGUUACAUUUAUUUGAUUGGGAUUUUUUUUUUUUUUUUUUUCAAAUUUGGUCACAGAUGGGGGAGAAACUGGCACAGAAGUGUUAUUCUUUGUACGGGGAGGCCAUUCUGAUGAGUCGGGUUACGCAAUCCGUCUUAGAGCCAUCAUCCGUAGAGCUGGAUUACGUUGUGUGGUGGGGGUGGGGAUCAUUAUUUGAGCCAGCUUGAAUAGCAUAGCGUUAAACUGUGAAUGCCGCGCCUUGCAGGAUAACGGGACAUUGUGGAGACAUGCAUGUAUUAGAAGCCCACACUGCAUUCUCCAGCAACUGUAAUGAAUUAUUUACGUACAACUUUAAGAGCCAUCUAUGAUUCCUUGUCAGGACUUUCUGGGUACAUGGUCAGUGUUGUCAACUUGAGUAUCAUAGGCUACUGCUACUGUUACAUACUGUGUUUUUAUAUGCCUCCAAAUAGCUCCUGAUGUUCACAGUCUCAAACACAAAUGAGGGUGGAACCAGCAGGUAAAUGUAGUCUGGGCAUUAGUGUAUGUUAAGUUGGUGUGCAGUUAGACAGUUCUGGCCAGAAUUUUUGCUCAGAAUGCAACUAAUGUGGACAGAGUGUUUUACCUGAAUUAAGAUGCUACAGUAAGUUACUCUUACAAAAAGUGGAGGAGUGUAAAAAAUGAAGUGCAAAUAAUGUGAUGCAGAGGCCGAGAACCUGAGGCUGGGGUCUCUAUGGGACCCAACGUGACAGUCGGUAUGUGGAGACCGUCAGUGGAAGCUUAUGCACUUGGGCCCAAAGCUGGAGACAAUACGCUAUGAAAGUGUAGCAUUAAUGUAGUAACGUACCGUGGAGACACACAGAAACCAUUGUAACCGGAGACACAGUCCAAAUGCAUCGUUACUUUUUAAGGAUGAGCCUCGAUUAGUAAAGCAUGGUGAACUGCUGUACAGGUUUCUUUCAUCUGUUUUCUACGGAAGUCUACAUCACAACAUCCACUCUCUCUAUUAACUGAGCUAGUAUAAUGUUAGUUGGCCUUGGCCUACUUGGCUAAAUGAAAUUAUUGUCUUUUAGCUAGCUAUUUGAUACGCAGUAACAAUAGCUAGUAGAUAUUUAACACAAAUCUAAUAAAACUGCAACAUUCCCAGUUGUCAUAGUGAGUAUAAAACUAGUAACCAUUUUAACAGGUGCGGUACGUGCGUUUCCAUCAAUCAUGUGACGUCAGCAGUGACGUAGUCACUUUCAUAGCGUAUUAUAAAACUGUGCAAUCUAUGUCUGUCCUUUUGCUGCCUUUGAGGCUGCCUCUGCCCUUAACUUUGUGCAAUAUGUGUGGGGGAAACCGGCUGGCCAUGGCGUUAGCCUGGCUAGCAGUGUGUGGUCUGGGCACCAUCAUCUGUGUGUUGUGAACGCCUCAGGCAUACACCCAUGAUCUCUCGUGGGAACUCCUGGUAACCUGGUUUCAUUUGAGAUGUUUUGCAUGUUGAUUAUAUCUGUCAAUAAAAAAUAAGGAAAAAAUGUA